UCCAUGUGAUCUCGCGGGACUUGUUCAAAAACAGCGAGCUAACCGUUUCAGCUUUGCGAGCUCAAAGAUUUACCAGUUUAGACAACAAAAGAGGUAUCUUUGCCCCUCUGCCCGCCUAUUUCCACAAUGGCGGAAGGUGGAGAUGUGGAAUGGGAGCUGAGCAAAGAAAACAUUCAACCGCUGAGGAGAGGCAGAGACAUAUCUGCUUUGCAUCAAGCCUUAAGUCAGCAACAAGAUGGACCCACAUCAGCCAUAAACCAGCAGAGACAAGCAUUUGAGUCGGAGCUGCGCAUGUAUGACGGAGAUGAUCCUCUCGGUGUUUGGGAUAGAUAUAUAAAGUGGACAGAGCAGACCUUCCCACAGGGUGGAAAAGAAAGUAACCUCACAACACUGUUGGAGCAAGUUGUGACCAAAUUCGCUGACGACAAAAAAUACAACAACGAUCCUCGCUAUGUUGACCUCUGGAUCAAAUUUGCAGAAAACUGCCCAGAGCCCCUGGACAUUUACAGGUACAUGCAAGCGCAGGGAAUAGGGGUGAUGCAGGCUUCCCUUUAUAUUGCCUGGUCUGAAGAAUAUGAAAAGCAGGGCAACCAUCGCAAAGCAGACCUUGUCUAUAAAGAAGGCUUCAGUCGGAGUGCAGAGCCACAUGACAAGCUUCUCCAGUUUCACAGGGCUCUGCAGGCACGUGUGUCCCGGCAGGUAAUGAUGACUGUGCAUGAUGACAGCAGCGACGACGAGCCCCAACAACCCGAGAGAGUUUCUUUGGCGGACCUCAAACACAGAGGAAAGAAAAAGGCCGUCGCUCCUGUCAACAGAACUGGGCCAGCGAUCAAAAGCAUUUCUGGAGGCCUGCAGUCCCGUGGUGCCCCAGUUCUCGGUAACGCCUCCAACAGUCGACUGGUGAUCUUUGACGAGAACAAAAACCAGAGCGCCGGGUCGUCAGGACCUGCCCCGGAUCCUUGGGCGGCUCCUCCUACAUCAAGAGCAAAAGAGAAUGAGCAGAAGGCUGAAAGAUGGUGUGACGUAAAGAUACCACAAAAAACAAAAUUUGGACAUACAGUUAUGGCUCCUCCGCCUCCAAAACCAACCUUUCAACCAUUUGUUGAGGAGUCAACCCAGCCUCCAAUAAUGACCCCGUGUAAGAUCAACCCGGCAGUGAACACAGUUCUGUCGGCGCGCAAGCCAACCAAAGAAGAAACUCCUUUGAAGAGACUGCAGGACCAUCAUCAGCUCCAGAGAGAAGCAGAAGUGGGGAAAGUGCAGGAGCAGAGCAUGUACUGUAAAGAGCUGCUGCUCAGAGGCGCCACGGAGUUCUGCUUCGAGGAGCUGCGCGCUGAACGAUACUUCCUAAAGAUGGGUCAGCACUCGCAAAGUUCCAAACCGGAAACAGACCAACCGUCAGUUUGAUUCACAUAUUUGAUUGAGUCUGACUUUAUAUCAUGUGAUGACUGUUCAUGCUUAUGAGAAUUUCAAUUUCUUAAAACGGUUUAAAGAUCUUUAAGCUGUGAACACAUGAACCAAAGUUUGUUUGUUUUAAAACACAGUGAGAAGAAACUCCUGCUGAUUUUUUUUUUUUUUUUUUGGGACAAAAUCUGAAUAAAUUGUGGAAUACACAAACAAACAGGUUUAAAUAUGUAAAUAGUGGAUUAUAGAAGCUUUUUUAAGUGUUUCAUUGUGAGUAGAUUUUUUGCUUAACAUAGUUUUUCACUGCGACUUCUCGUCUCCUGUAAAGAUUUACUUUUCCAAUUUUAAUUUUUAUCUGUUUUACUGCUUUGUUCUCUAAAACUGCCUUUCAGAAGUGCCGUUUACUUUUACAGCUUUUAUCAUUCAGCUUUGUCUUUUCAUGUAAAGAAUUUCAUGGUAGUCAGAAUGUAUUCAGUGAAAUAGUUGUCUAAAUUCUGAACUAAUGGUCCUUUCAUGCCUAAUAAACCCCCUUAGCACCUCACA